AUGGAGCGAAUAAGGUUCAAGCAUCUGCGAGCAGAUUUCGAAGAUUUAAGACUUAAGGCGCAUCCUUCAGAUAAAAAAGAAGACAGAGAACAUCCAGUUCGACCAAGAGUAAGUGCAGAAUGUACACGUAAACUCAAGUUUUGCGUCAUUGAGAAACCUGAUACCAGAUAUGAAGCAACGACGAAUUCAUAUUACGGCAUGACAACAGCUUUGACGGCUCAAAACGAUGUCUGCACUGUGUGGAUUGCUGAAAAUCACCUCAGAAAGAUUCAAAAAGAUAAAUUCUACAGGACUAGGAUAAUACAUCAAACCAAUGGGUUUUUACGUCUACAAAAACAGGUGAAUGAAACAAAGCCAUUCAACAUUAAUCCAAAAAGAGUUGAGGAAAUUCUGUAUCCACCUUGUACUAGCAUUGCUGGCCUGUCCAUGGAAAAGUUGAUGACAAUGGAAAUCCGCACAAGACUUUCGGUUAAGGGAUAUGUUAAAAAGUGUGGUGGUAUGUAUGAUAUGAAACACCAACCCAAGAGAGAUUUUGUCUUGAUGGAGAAAGAAAGUGGUGGAGCAACAGUACUGGUAAAAUUAUGGAACGAAAAGGCUGAAAUUUAUUUACAGAAAGGCACACUGGUUCAAAUCUUGUCGGUAAAAGUUGUAAAAUAUAAAGAAUCCAGGCAGAUCCAUUCCACACCUUCAACAAUCAUAAAUGUGUUUUAA